AAGGGUGACUCCCGUGUUGAGGACAGGCAGUCAUCUUUGACCUCCCCUUGAGAUCCCCUUUCAGAGAUCCAUUGACACAUUCAGUACUUAUCCACCCGACCAUCUUCUGUCAUGCAUCUCGUCAUCGUCGUCGUGGGCCUCGUCGCCCUGACGGUAGCUGCGCCACUCGAAAAGAUCAGCGAUACCGAGAUGCACCAGGCUCAGGAUAAAGACUACACCAAAUAUGCCGGAUACCACCCAUACUACUCUUACGGGCCGUACUCCUCUGCAGCCGAAGCAGAAGCAGCCAAGACGCAGCAAGGAUCAGAGGCUGCAAACAUGAAGCGAGACGACACACAACCCGUAGUGGAAAACUACGCCCAAUAUGGCGUCUACUACACUACCUACGACCCCUAUCCAUCAGAAGUGGAGGCUGCGGCAGCGAAAGAUGACAUGGAAAAGCGAGGUUAUUCCUGCUACGAGACAUACACUCCUUACUCUGCCGCUGUCGAGGCUGAAGCCGAAAAGGCGUCCAUGGCCAAGCGUGGAUAUUCCUGUUACGAAACAUACACUCCCUACUCUGCUGCGGUGGAAACCGAGGCCAGGAAGAUGGAUGCAAACAUGGCUAAGCGCCAUAUGUUGAGCAUGCCCAAAGAUAUGAUGGAUAAUAUCGCGAGCAGCAGUGUAAAACGCGACAUGCCCAAGGAAGUGCAGGCUGCUGGUGAUUCCUGGUACAGGUCGUACAACCCUUAUUCAGCUUAUGGCGCCUACCACGGCGUUGCUGAGACUGAAAUCGCCAAGACGGGAUAGACUGACACCUACGCAAAAUCGGCUAUUGAAGGUAAUAGGUGGUCGAGGAGGAAGAGGGAAAAGAUGCACAUUCGCAGUACUUGCUUUUGCAUAGUCGCUGUCGCUCCUUUCUUUGUGCUAGAACUCUAGGUGCUCUUCAACGGAAGAAAUAAAACAG